AGGAGGAGGGACUUCUCAACUUCCAUGCGCUGAARGAUUGCAACAAGUCCCAUGGUUGAAGGAGCAAGACGUGGAUGGAGAAGCCCCUUGCGCGGCACACGUGGAUGGAAAAAAUAUGUGGCAACCUGUUGAUAACGGAUUUAUGACAAUGGAAAAAUGUGUAGGAGUAAAAUGACAAAAGUGACAAUAGACAUUUUAUUGAAAGAAGAUCUUGUUCUUGCCGACGGCGAAGACAUAGUAAUAGGCUACCGCAUUCCCAUGGAAUUCAAACUUUUAGGAUAGUGGUAACAKAUGUGUUAACUUUUAUCUAGUAACGCUUCGGUGGCCUGCCGAGUCACACGUUUCUGUAAAUGUGAAACAAUAUCAGAAAUAAUACAAAUGGCACUGCGCGGUGAAACAAUAGUCCUACAAAGCAAAUACUUUCGUUAUUAUCCAUGAUAAACCAAUAAUCGUACAGGUAGCCUAGUACAGUAUGAUAACAGGUGUUUUCAGAGUAGUCAAAGAGCAGACUUGUUGGAAUCCUUAAAUAACUGUCAAACGUGCAAAUAACUGGUCGGUAGGUAACCAUUCACCAAGAAGAAGCCUAUUUGAAAUGGUCUACACUUUCUUUAUUUACUGGGAAGAGAUAACUUGGAAGACAGUUCAAUUAAAGUCUCAGUUCACAAUGAAACUGCUGAACUUACUUUGCGUUGUUGUCMGGUUGUGGAGGACAUGCCUGACGAACGGAAACUGCCGGAACCUCUUCAUUGACAGCUGUCAUUGCUCCUCCGAGAGGUCCAAGAAGUUGGGCAGACAAACGUUCCGGGUGAAAGUGGUGUGUGAUGAUGUGGAAUUACUGGACACUCUCCAACCCAGUUUCUUACCCAACAAAACUGUUUCCCUGAUUCUCAGUAACAACAAGAUCUCACUACUGAGAAACGCCUCCUUCUUUGGCCUGACAAUCCUGGAGAAACUGGACCUGAGGAAUAAUUUGAUUGGCACGGUGGAGCACGGGGCCUUCCGUGGACUGGUGGCUCUGAGGAGACUGGAUCUGUCCAACAAUCGGAUUGGCUGCCUCUCUCCUGAAAUGUUUGUAGACCUUGGCAAUCUCUCUAAAUUGAAUCUAUCAGGAAAUAUUUUCUCUUCCUUGCCGGUGGGACUAUUCACACACCUCCUGUCUCUCGAAGUCCUGCACUUCUCUACAGAGUCUCUGUUCUGUGACUGUCAGCUGGAGUGGCUGCUGCUGUGGGCCAGGGCAAACGGCGUGCUUCUGGGCAACGACACCCUGUGUGUUCAUCCCACACACCUCCGCGGCCUGGAGGUCCACAACCUGAGGGAGACACAGCUCAGAUGUGAUGAGCCUCUGGAGCUGCCCCUGUUUCAGCUGAUCCCGUCCCAGAGACAGGUGGUGUUCCGUGGGGACCGGCUGCCCCUGCAGUGCACUGUGUCCUACCUGGACCCCUCGGUCACGCUGCUCUGGCACCACAAUGGCCACGUCGUCCACAGCAACGAGGACAGGGGCGUCUACGUAGAGGAUACCCUGGUCCAUGACUGCUGCCUYCUCACCGGGUAGGGGGAAUCAGGGACGUGAGUGGAGAGCUAAUCUCCCUCGCUCGCUGUAGCACAGACACACUCAUGCGUUACAUUUGAAUGAGCUCAUGCGGUACAGUUUUGCGGUACA